GCUUCGGCGGCCUCGGCACGCCACCACGUCGCCUCCCUGCUCGACCUCGUCAAAGCUUUCGAGCAGGUCCCGCACGACCUCGUGGCUGCUGCCGCCGCGCGGUUGGACUUCGACCUGGUGGCGCUGCGGCUGUCCCUGGCGGCCUACCGGCUGGCGCGGGCAAUCGGCGUUGAGGGCACUUUCUCUUGCCUGCUCGUCGCCACUCGCGGCAUCACGGCCGGCUCGGGGUUUGCCACGGUCGAGCUCCAGAUGCUGCUGCACGAGACGAUGCUCAUUGCGACGUUCCGUUGGCCCUUGCUGCAGUUGUUCCUGUACGUGGACGACUUGACCAUCACCGCUUCCGGCGUCUCCGAGAAGGCCCUCGUAGCGGUGUCUCGCGGCACGGAGUUCUUCGUCGACACAUUCGAGAAGUGCCUCCGGUUGACAGUCUCGCCGACGAAGUCUUUCGCGGUCGCGUCGAGGCCGCGCCUGGCGGCCCGUUUGUCCCUCAUGUCCAAGCGGAGGCUGCUGGUGCCGAAGCGCAGCGCGAAGCUGCUGGGGACGCCCUACGCCGGCGGCCGCUCGCGGGCAGCGGGCGUCUUGCGGUGCCGCCUGAAGGAAUUCAAAACGCGCAUCCCGAGGAUACAUGCUCUCCGGCGCCAGCGUGUCGACGUUGCUCAAGUCGUAAAGGCGAUGGGCAGCCCUAGCAUGUUGUACGGCGUGGAUAUCGUCGGCGCCUCCAACACGCACCUGCACAGCGUCCGGGCCGCUGCGCUCAAGGCGGUGCUGCCGCCUGGUGCCAGCCGGAACGUCGACGUGAGCUUCGCGGCGCUGGAUGCCGCGGGGGCCUGUCUGGACCCCGCCCACGCUGCGCACGCCACCCCAUUGCGCCAUUGGGGCAUGGCCUAUUGGCAGGCUUGGGCGCCCGCGGAGGAGCUCGACGCCGUCUUCGUGCACGCCCGGGAUCGCUCGGCGAACCUUCUGGCGACCGGCCGUUCGCUGUGGUCCGCCGUCGCUGGCCCUGUGGCGGGCGCCAUCGCCACCGCCUGGUGCCCGGGGUGGACGUGCCCCGCGCCGAGACGUUUUGAAGACGACCUCGGCGAGCCCGUCGACUUCCUUUCCAUGUCCCCCGCGAUGGUGGCGGCCGCGGUGCAAAGAUCGGUUGGCCGUUGGCGCACGCGGCGGGUGGUGUCGACGCUCCCUACCCUCGUCAGUGGCGAUCCUGACAUGCCUCUGGUCCAGGGCGCCGGCACAGUCACUGUCCUCGUAGGUGCGUCUGGCCAAGCUAAGCUGCGGGGCGCCGGUGUCACGGACAAGGCCUGCCAACUCUGCGGGGUCACGCCCGGCACCCUCUUGCAUCGCCGUGUUUGCGAGGCCUCGUUGCCCCCGGACGGGCGGCCGGAACCGCCGGAGGUAUGUGGGCGCCUACUCUCGGCGUUGUCGGACGCCCGCCUCGCGCUGCUCCGGACCCGCGGGCUUCUUGCACUUCGGCCGCCGCGCCCGCUGCCGCAAGAGGAAAUGGCAGCCCGCUGGUUCACGGACCCGCCAGACGCGACUCGUACCGAUCUGUGCUGGUACACGGACGGGUCCAUGAAGUUUGGCCCUCUUUGGGAGUUCCGGCGUACGGGAUGCGCUUUGGUCGUCGUGUCAGAGGCUGGGGACCUCGUGGCAUACGGCUCCGCCGUGCCUCCGCCCUGGAUUCGCACGGCCGCGGCUGCAGAGCUUUGGGCUGUCAUGCUUGUGCUGCCCAUCACGCUCAGACCGCCUGUCAUUCGCACCGAUUGCAGGGCGCUCCUCGCGGCUGCGGAGGCAGGGUCAGCACAAGCCACCAAGCCAACGCGGAUGCUCGCUCAGAUCUGGUCGCGCGUGGCCACGCUGGUCGACGGCGACAUCUCGACUCUGGUCACGGCCGGCAGGCUUACCUGGAUGCCAGCUCAUGGCGCCCAGACCGUGAUCGGUGCGGCACUGCGGUCCGAUGGCCACGCGGUCACAGCAGUGGAUUGGAGGGCCAACCGCUUGGCGGACAUCAUUGCCAAAGCUGCAGCUGGCUGUCCGCAGACGUGCGGCCCAGCAUCGGGGCUUUUUAAAGUCGCCGAGAAGCUCGUGGCGCACGAGGGAGCAGUGCUGGGCGCGGUCACCCACGCCGCGAACAAUCACGUUCGCGAGCUGGUCGGGCCUGGCGGCGCCCUUUGGCGCGUCACGGUGCGCGACGCGGCCGCCGUCCGGCGCCCGCGGGGUUUGCCUCGCCCGCCGCGGCGCGCGCCGCCGACGCCGCAGCCGCCCGCGGAGGCGCCACCCCCGCACGCCGCGCCGCCGCCCGCCGCGGCCGCCGGCCGCCCGCGCGCGCUGGGGGCACGGCGCGCGGCCCAGGCCACUGCAGCCCGCGCGGUUUCUGCUGCGCGCGCCGCCGCUGCCGACGCGGCCACGCUGGCCAUCUGCGAGGCGCGCGCGGCCGCGGCGCGGCCGUCCUCGGCGCCGCGCGUCCUCGCCCGCGUCGGCCAGGGCGCGGCGG